UCCGGGCGAUAAUUAUUUCCUGUCUCCGCCCCAGCCCAAAGCGAGGGUUUAUCCACUGGGGGAAAGCGGAGCGGCGACGGCUGGGCUCGAUUCCACACCGCCACUCCACCCCCUUCUCGUCGCCGCACCCCCUUCUCGUCGGCGCGGAGUCCAUCGCAAGGAGGAGCGAGGCGCGACCUUCGGCGAGCGCAGGGGCGGUACCAUGGGUUCCAUUCCAUUGAAGGGAGUUGGAAGAGGAAGGGGCUGAGGGGGACCAUGACAUGCGGAGGAGGCUGGCUUCCAUCAUAGCUGCUCUUCACGGCACAUGGGCUCACAUCGGAGAGGUUUGGGCGAGGGGGUGGAUGUGGGUAACGGUAAGGCGCACUGGCGGGGUUGGGGGGAGCAGAUGGAGCCAGAGAGCAUGAAGAGGUACUGAUGAGGGUGGCCGGAGAAGAGUCACCUGCGUGCCGCUGUCUCCGAUGUGAGCCCAUGUCCCGUGCAGAGGUGCUCCGAUGGAAGCUGGCCUCCUCCGCCUGCGCCUCAUGGCAUGGUCUCCGUCACCCCUUCCUCUUCCAACUCCCUUCAAUGGAGCAGCUGCAGGUUGCGUAGUUAGCUGUUCUGGCCGCUUGAAGUGUUGCUGAUUGAAGGAUUUGACAAACAAGAAACUCUUGUUCGUAUCUGCGAGCUGGUCCAUGCUGUUCAUAUACUUUUGAGAUAGUUUGGAAAGGAGCAGUAUUAUGGAGUGCAACAGAGAAGAGGCCAUCAAGGCUAGGGAAAUUGUUGUAAAAAAGUUAGAAAACAAGGACUUUGUUGGUGCCAAAAGGAUUGCACUGAAAGCACAAAGGAUUUUUCCAGAACUUGAGAACUUAUCCCAGCUGUUGACUGUCUGUGAAGUACAUUGUGCAGCAGAGGCAAAGUUAAAUGGUUUGUUGGACUUCUACGGUAUUCUCCAAGUGGAUGUAAUGGCGGAUGAUGCAACCAUAAAGAAACAGUACCGGAAGCUUGCCUUCUCCCUUCACCCUGAUAAAAACAGUUUCCCUAGUGCAGAAGCUGCUUUCAAAUUGGUUGCAGAAGCUAACUCAACAUUGUCUGAUCGAACAAAAAGACCUGCAUAUGACAGCAAAUGGAGGGUUGCUUCUAAAAUUGCACCAAAGCAGGAUUCAGAACAAAAGCAAGGUACCCAACCAAAUAAAAGUACACAGCCAAAGCAGGCUACCCAACCAAUGCAGGGUAAGAAGCCAAAGCAGGCAAGAAUGCAAAAGCAGAACACAGAACCAAUGAAGAAAUCAGUUCCAUCAACCUUUGCUGAACAUGCAAUCUGGACCAAAUGUAAUCACUGUAGAACAAAAUAUCAGUACUACAGUGCCAUACUAAAUCAUAGCAUCCGCUGUCAGAACUGCAAUAAAAAUUUCGUUGCUUCUAAGCUGAACGAACAAGAUGUGCCUUCUGUAUUCACAUCAAAUGCAACCAAUGGUGUUGGACAACAGAGUAGUUUUCCCAGUCAACAAGACUGUUCUAGAAAGUUCUCUCCUAGGUUGAACCGUGAUGCUAAGCCCUCAGUGAAUGUAGCAACAAAUGAUAAACACAUGAAGAGUGCCAGCACAGUUGGCGAUGAGAAGGUUAACCAUGCAGAGGCAGGUGAGAAAAGGGGGGUUGAAUUUUCAGCAGGAAAUCUGUCUAAAUCAUCUACCCCAAGUUCAAAUGACAAGGCAAAUGGAAAGAUGGCAUCUGGCCCUGCUGAUCCAGAUAUUGCUGAUAGUACAAACACAUGUAGUAGGGUAGUAGAUACAUCAGCAGAGCCAGGUGCUAUUGGCAGCCCUAGCCCCCGGAGAUCAGCUAGGAGAAAGGCAAACCCUGAUGCCAAUAUCGUGGUUUCCCCUAGCAAAAAGAAAAGAACAAUAAAAGAUUGGUUUUCAAAUGCCGAAAUGUUUGAUGGUAAUGUUGCUCCUGUUGAUGUAAAAAUUGGUGAAGCUCAUGUCUCCAGCAAAGCACAAAAACAAGAGAAAGGACGUACUACCGAUGAAGGCAACCAGGAAAACAUUAAGGAAGUUAUGCAUGAUGCAGCUGCUGUGAAGAAGCCCUCCAAUUCUGGGCAAUUUUCCUACCCUGACCCAGAAUUUUUUGACUUUGAUAAAUGCAGGCAUAAUAGUCUGUUUGCAGUUGAUCAGAUCUGGGCAGUUUAUGAUGACCGCGAUGGCAUGCCACGGUAUUAUGCUCGAAUAAAGCGUGUAGAUGCUACCAAAUUCACAGUUCAGUACACUUGGCUGGAGCAUGAGGCAAUGAAUGAAGAAGAAGAUAGAUGGACUGAUGAACUGCCUGUUGCUUGUGGUACAUAUAAAUUAGGAGAAACAGAUGUAUCACCAGGUACCCUCAUGUUUUCUCAUAUUGUUCCAUGGGGUAAAGGCCGAAAAAGGAGUUCGUAUGAAAUAUCUCCCAGGAAGGGCCAGGUAUGGGCUCUUUAUAAGGGUUGGAGUAUGCAGUGGAGCUCAGAUGCAGAUAACCAUAAAACAUACGACUAUGACAUUGUGGAGGUCCUGUCAGAUUUCACAAUGGAAGCUGGAGUUGCUGUUGCUCCCUUGGUCAAGAUUAAAGGUUUUGUCAGUCUAUUUGCAAAAGUAAUUGGCAAAUCAUCAUUUGUUAUACCAUCUAGUGAACUCCUUCGAUUUUCUCACAGUAUCCCAUCUUAUAGAACAAAAGGAAAUGAAAAGGUAGGUGUGGCAAGUGGGUUUCUUGAACUAGAUAGUGCAUCACUUCCUAGUAACCUGGAUGUAGCAUUUCCGUCAGUUACCAUUGACAAGACAAUUAAUAGUGGCUUCAUUGAUGCCAGUGGUUUUAGUACAGCAGGUCCUGGAAAUGAACAAAGUGUUCAAAAAGAAAAUAAGCGAAGUGGAGCAAAACAUAUGGAUGAUUUUCCUGAACGAACGCCAAAUCAGCAACAGAAGGUCCGUACUGCAAGUGUGCCUGGUUCUUCUCAGCAAUUGUACACCUCUCCAAGUACCAUUGCAACAUAUCCAGACUCAGAAUUUUAUAAUUUUGAAGAAGGACGAUCAUAUAAUAAGUUCGAACGUGGCCAGAUAUGGGCCCUUUACUGCGAUCUUGACAAAUUUCCAAAGUACUACGGUUGGGUGAGCAAAGUUGAUACGGAACCGUUCAGGUUGCAUUUGACUUGGCUCGAACAUUGUCCACAACUGGAGCAAGAGAAGAUGUGGUUGGAUCAUGAUAUACCUGUGAGCUGUGGGAGAUUUAAGCUCCAAAACUGGAGGAUCAAGUAUGAUUCAAAUGAUGCAUUCUCUCAUUUAGUAGAAGCUAACCAAGUUAGUGGUUGGCAACGGGUGUUCGAAAUUCACCCGCGAGUAGGGGAAAUCUGGGUCAUUUACAAAAACUGGGCACCUGACUGGGUUCCUUCCAGCAAUGAUGCUUGUGAAUGUGUCAUUGGUGAGAUUACCGAGCGCACUGAAGCUAGCACAAAAUUCUCAUUUCUGACUCAAGUAGAUGGUUACAGAUUUGUGUUCAGGCCUGACAAUGAAAGAGGUAUUUUGGAGAUACCUGCAAAUGAGAAGUCAAGGUUUUCCCACCUUAUACCUUCCUUCCGCCUGACAGAAGAAAAAGGUGGGAAACUCUGUGGCUUCUAUGAGCUAGAUCCAGCUUCUAUUCCUGAUGCUUUCUUGUUCCGGGGCAGCACCUGCUGACUGCCAGACUUCAAAGCUGACUGUUCUGAAGCUAAAGCUAAAUUACUUCUGUUAAAUCAGGAUACAUAUCGAUGAGCCAACACCAUGAUUUCUGGCGGAAGACGCGGCCUCUCCAGAUACCAUCAGUGUCAUUAGUUCAACCUCCUUUGUGGAGUCCCCUGCAGAGAUUCUCGUCAGCGUCUUCCGUUCUCCUUCCCCCAAGUGGUGUUGUCCCCGGUGGUGAGUCGAGCGUCCGACGGUGGAGUCUUUAUUCUAUAGGGCCCUUUGUGCUAAGUUUCAGGAGGGUGUUGUAAUUUCCGUUUUGGUGGUCCUGUAUACAAAAUGUACGUCCACCGACACAAUUUAAUGCAGCACUAGCCCUUCUGGGCCUUUCCCCUGUUAAAAAAAUUAGAGAGGAGUUUUGCUCAUAUGCUGCUCUUUGGCUUGUACUUGGAAGUUGUGGAUUCAUGUCAUCUGCUGAUGAACAGAGGCCACGCCCAAGAUAUUUGCUGUUAGAACUGAGCAGAAACAAGACUGGAUAAUUUAUCGUGUAGCAAGUCUUGAGCUUCAGGUCGUGUAUGUUCAAUGACCUGUGUGUAA